AUGUCCGGCCGCGGCAAAGGAGGAAAAGUCAAGGGAAAGGCAAAGUCCCGAUCAUCUCGUGCCGGACUUCAGUUCCCAGUUGGUCGUAUCCAUCGUCUGCUCCGCAAGGGCAACUACGCAGAACGUGUCGGAGCUGGAGCUCCCGUCUAUCUGGCCGCUGUCAUGGAAUAUCUGGCAGCUGAAGUGCUGGAAUUGGCAGGAAACGCCGCUCGUGAUAACAAGAAGACCCGUAUCAUCCCGCGUCAUCUUCAGCUGGCCAUCCGCAAUGACGAGGAGUUGAACAAACUUCUCUCGGGCGUCACCAUCGCUCAGGGAGGUGUUUUGCCCAACAUCCAAGCCGUUCUGCUGCCCAAGAAGAACAACUCGACAAUGGCACCGAAAACCAGCGGAAAGGCCGCCAAGAAGUCCGGCAAGGCCCAGAAGAACAUCGCCAAGGGAGACAAGAAGAAGAGGAAGGUCCGCAGGAAGGAAUCCUAUGCUAUCUACAUCUUCAAAGUGUUGAAGCAAGUCCACCCUGAUACCGGAAUCUCGUCCAAGGCCAUGAGCAUCAUGAACAGCUUCGUCAACGAUAUCUUCGAACGUAUCGCUGCUGAAUCCUCUCGGCUGGCUCACUACAACAAGCGCUCGACCAUCACAUCCCGCGAAAUCCAGACUGCCGUCCGUCUGCUGCUUCCGGGAGAGUUGGCCAAGCACGCCGUCUCUGAAGGAACCAAGGCCGUCACCAAGUACACCAGCUCCAAGUAAAUCUGCACUGCUGUGUGAAGCUACGCUUUCAAACGGCCCUUUUCAGGGCCACAAAACAUUUAUGUUAAGAGUAAGGAGAA